AUGAUGAGUUAUGGCCCAAAGUUCUCGAUUCCUCCUGAAAAGAACGAGUUAUCAUGGCCCAGAUUAAUAAGUGAAGUAGAGUCAGUAGUCGGUGCAGUCAAGGGUGAAGAGAAGGACGAGUUAAGAAUGAAUAUGUUAGUUUUUUACUGUGAUAAUCAAGAUAUGUUAGAGUUAGAAAAGCUGCAAGAUUUCCAACAAAUAGGGCCUGAUGAAGAAGCCAACAAGCUUCGAAACGUUGCCAACUUCACAAAAAUAAACAAUGAGCCAUUAAGUAGUAGUGGUAAUUGUGAACCAUCAAGUGACGAAUUAAUGAUGUCUGGAAACAACAACAAGCGCACCUACUCUACUUCCAGCACUUCAUCGGUUAUGUCGAGCUCUUUUUGUGUCACGCUCGGUGUCCGCUGUGGUGCUCCUGAUGUAAUUACUAAAGAAAGAACCGAUCAUGAUAAGGCGCCAUUUAUAGUUGAUUACGCUCGCAAGACAUCUUUUGAUUCCGUUUCGGAAUCAUCAUCUGAUGUUGAUUUUUCUGAACAUGCCGAACAUCAUUCAUCAUUUAUUGACGAGGAGAUUGAAGACGAAGGUGGAAAGAAGCAAAAAGUUAACAGUGUUGAAAGAAACGAUGACACUGACAGUGAAAGUGAUGAUGAAGAUGAUCUCAUCUCACAAAUUGUAUCACAAAAAGCACCAACACGUAUCACUAUCAAACUCAAUGUAACUGAUAAAAUUUCAUCAAGUUGGGAUUCGGUCUUAGACCAUGGCAAUAACAUCUUAUACGUAGUUUUGCCAAAGACUUUAACACACGAAGCCAGCAAGCAGUCAUUUCUAUCUCUUUUGGAAUUUGCUGAAGAGAAAUUAGAAUGCGACGGUGUUGUGUUGUGCAUUCGUAAAGAUCGUCCUGAUCGUGCGAAUUUGGUAAAAACUUUUAUGUUUUUGGGAUUUUCUCCAUUACACCCCAAGUCGCCAUUGGCUCCUCCACAACAACAAGGACAUAAUGAUGAACAUCUUUUUCUGAUCUACAACAUUGAGGAUUAGAAACAAACAAAAGCUUUUUGCAAAACUUCAAAAAAAAAUAGAUUUCACUUCAAAAUAUUUCGCACAAAGCAAAAUAAAAAUUGAUUUAUAAUCAGUCAUGUCAUCAUCAGAAGAAUUGUCGCAAAAAAAAAUAUCGUCAACAUUUUAAUGUCGUAGUGAAUGUAAUCAACUUUAAAAGUUCUUAGCGCUUUAGCAAGUAUCCAGAAAAAAAAGAAAAAAUACAAAAAAAAUAUAAAAAGUGGCCGAAAAUCAAAAAAAAAAAGUUAAAUCAAGUUUAAUAUUUUUCAUUCUUUUUCAAUUAUUUAACUAAUCAAUGGAAACAGGAAGGAAAAGUUCUUUAAUAUCAUCUAUACACACAAAAAAAUAAAAAUUUUAAUUAAUUAAUUUUCCCGUGACAGUUGCAAAAAUUUAUUAAUCUUUAUUAAACUAUUUUUAUUAUAGAGUUGUCUCAUUCCCGUUUCCAAUUUUUCAAGUUUAUAAAAAAUAAUUAAAUUAAAAAUAUUUCAAUAUGCUGAAUAUUUACGAAAGUAAGAAAAUUCUAUCAAAAGAAGGGAAAAUGUCAAAUGAUUCUUCACAUUUGGGUGCAUAACAAAUCGCAAGAUUGCUCCCGACGGCUAAAACAAAAGAAUAAGCUUAUAAAAUCAAGUAUUGUCAUCAUAUGAAUAUUUGAAACAGAGAUGUCAAACAUUAUUGUUGGAUAAGAAACAAUUCAAUUUAAAUGUGAAAAACACCUCAACUUAAAUUUUUAGAAAAAAGUUUUCUUAUGUUUCUUAAUAGUUUUCCUAAAAUAUUCAUGGGAUGCACUGCAUAAAUGGAAGAUAUCAAAUCAAAACUUCUUAUUAUUAUCAUCUAAUCAAUAUCAACAAUAUAUGUAAACAGAUUAUUAUUACUAUUAUUAUUAUUUUUAUCAAUAUUUUGUAAUUCAUUCUAUCAAAUAAAAAUUUAUUAUUGGAUCAAGAAGAGAAAAAAGUAAGAAAUAAAAAGCUAUAGCUACACAAAAAACAA